CUAGCUCGGUUAGAAGCGCACAGCUCAAACUUCCUCGUACGAGUCCAGUACGCUGAGCUCCGCCGCCCCGUCCGCAUCUACAACCCCACCCGGAGCAAGAAGGCUACUGUAAAGGGAUGGGACCUCCAUGAAAGACAUGAGGAAUAUUCUUUAUACGGCCACCCGAGUCUAGAAGAUCACAUACACCCGUAGAGAUAAUAGUCCAAGUGAUUGAAGCGCGCAGAAGGCACCAUGGGCUGCGUGGGCUCAAAGAAGGAGCAGGAGCCUCUUAGUAAAGGGACCGGGAACGACGAGCUGCAGAACCGAGCACAGACAGCUCACUAUGUCAAAGACCCCACCGCUGGAAACUCCGGGAGCAAAGCUAGCAAAAUGCCAUCCAAUGCAACCUCUUCAGAAGGAGAGAGUAUUGCCAUGGCACUGUAUGACUAUGAGGCCAUUCACGAAGGAGACCUUGGCUUCAGGAAGGGAGAUAAGCUCAAAAUCUUAGAGGAAUCGGGGGAGUGGUGGAGAGCUAUGCUGAUCAGUACAGGUCAGGAAGGUUACAUCCCCAGCAACUAUGUAGCUAAAGAUACCCUGGAGGCAGAGGAGUGGUUCUUUAAGGGCGUGAGCAGGAAAGAUGCUGAGAGGCAGCUGCUGGCCCCUGGGAACAAAGUGGGAUCCUUCAUGAUCCGAGACAGCGAGACCACCGCAGGCAGCUACUCUCUGUCUGUCAUGGACAGCGAUCCCCGGUCAGGUGACACGGUGAAGCAUUAUAAGAUCCGCACGCUGGACAACGGAGGGUUCUACAUCUCUCCCCGCAACACCUUCAGCACCCUGCAGGAGCUGGUCAGCCAUUACAAGAAGCAGGGAGACGGCCUCUGCCAAUCCCUGACCAGCCCAUGCCUGAGCCCCAAACCUGAGAAGCCCUGGGAGAAAGAUGCCUGGGAAAUCCCCAGAUCAUCACUAAAACUGGAGAAGAGGCUUGGUGCUGGCCAGUUCGGAGAAGUCUGGAUGGCCACGUACAAUAAGCACACGAAGGUGGCAGUGAAGACCAUGAAGCCUGGAAGCAUGUCCCAGGAAGCCUUCAUGAUGGAGGCCAACCUGAUGAAGACUCUACAGCAUGACAAACUGGUCCGACUCCAUGCUGUGGUCAGCAAGGAGGAGCCUAUCUAUAUCAUUACCGAGUACAUGGAGAAAGGUAGUCUAUUAGACUUCUUGAAAAGUGACGAGGGCAACCGUGUCCAGCUCCCUAAGCUCAUUGACUUUUCCGCCCAGACCGCAGAGGGCAUGGCCUACAUUGAGCAGAGGAACUACAUCCACAGAGACCUGAGAGCUGCCAACAUCCUGGUCAACAAGGCCUUGGUGUGCAAAAUUGCUGACUUCGGCCUGGCUCGUAUCAUUGAAGAUAACGAGUACACGGCCAGGGAAGGAGCCAAGUUCCCCAUCAAAUGGACAGCUCCUGAGGCCAUCAACUAUGGCUCUUUCACCAUCAAAUCUGACGUCUGGUCCUUUGGCAUCCUGCUGACUGAGAUCAUCAGCUAUGGACGCACACCGUACCCAGGGAUGACCAACCCAGAGGUGAUCCGUUCACUUGAGAAGGGCUACCGAAUGCAGAAGCUGGAGAGCUGUCCCACCGAACUCUAUGAAAUCAUGCUGGAGUGCUGGAAGAACAAGCCAGAGGACCGUCCCACCUUCGAUUACCUGCAGAGCGUCCUGGAGGAUUUCUACACAGCCACAGAGAGCCAGUAUCAGCAGCAGCCAUGAGACUUUUUCAUGACAUCACUUUACAUUCAUACUUAACUGCACUUAACCCAUUUUCUACAUGCAGUAGUGUCGUUCACACACACACGCUCUGUCUUUACCAUUCUCUCUCUGUCUGUCUGUCUCUCAUUCACACACCUAUAGUAUCAAGGGACUGUACAAAGAGUAUUGGGGAGGGUUGAAACUAUUUUUUAAGGAAACAGGCCCUACCUAACAUUUUUUAUAUUUUCAUUGGGCCCUCCUCCUUUUGAAUAAGAACAUUUGAAAGUAAUAUAACCACAGUGGAGAGAAGAAAAACACAAUAUAAAAACAAUAUAUACAGUAACCAGAGCCCAACCAAUUUUAGGAGGGAAAAUCUUGUAGAUUUUGAAGAUAAAUAACUUAAUUAAAGAACAUUUAAGUUAGAUAUUCUUUAACAUGUUGAAUAAUGUAAUUUACAUUGUCAACCAAUUCUAGUUGAGAUUUCUGAGAGCUGCUUGCCACAGUAUUGUAAAUCACAGCUCACUCUGUGGGUUAAACUUUGCAGUGACACCAAUAUAGUACCAGAAGCAUUUUUUCUGCGUUAUGUACCAGAAAAAAACUCACAUUGGCAUGCAUUCAUUCACAUUAUUAAUAUUAUGACAACACAACCCUACCUCAUACUUAGAUCAGGGGCAAAGCACAACAGUAGGCUAAUGUGACUGCAGCUGCAUCAGCUGUACUGGACAUUUAUCUUCACAGAAGUGCCCAUAAAUCAUCUGGAUGCACCGCGGCAGUGAAUCACUGGACAUUAUACAGUACAUGAUAUGUGCAAACAGAUAUGUGUGUCAGCUAUAUCUGCUGCCUCUAUCGUGAAAAUAAGGAUUUAUGCUCUCUUUUAUUGCACACUUUGAGUGCACUUUUGUGUGGAUCACUGUACUGCAUGAUUAAGCGCUUGGUUAAUUCAAAAAUGUGCAGCCAUGUCCUUAAUUAUGCAUAACUGUAAGCCUUGAUAUAAUUUAAACAGGUGAGUUCUAUAAAAAUUGGCCCCAGAGGUCAUGAAAGGAGUAUUAAGCUUGCUAGCCCUGCUGGUUUACAGACUGGGUACUUUUGCAAGAAACAAAUCUGGGAAAAAAAAUGAGUUUUUCAUAAACAAAAAGACUUUCUUACUCUUACCCCCUUUUAAUUUUUGUACAGUCCCUAACAUGACAUUCAAACACCUUUGAAGCUGUUCUACAUUACAAGCAUGACUGUAUCACAGGAAACAUAUUAUUUUACACAAGUACAAAGGCACAUGGCCAUAUUUACAAACAGACAACAGUAGGCGGUCACAUGGAAAAGACUGGAUUUAGCACACACUGUGCAGCCAUCAAAGCAAGGUAUAGCCACAACACAGAUGCUCACAGUCGAGUAUUUGCAGCGUUCACUCUGAUAUUACUGCAGUGAUGUCAACAAUUCAGUAAGCGAAGGUGUCAUUGUGCACUGUUGAAUGUUUUACAUUGUGAAAGGAGAGUGUGUACUUUACAAAGUGUACGAUAUAUAUGGCCGAUUAUGCUUAAAUCCUUUAUUUAUAUUCAAGAUAUUUUCCACAUGCUGUGGCUUGUUCCAGCGUUACUCCUUCAUUGUGCCUUUUGCAACAGAUCUUCUCUCAGUCAUAUACAGUAUAUACAUACAAUAUAUUCCAUGCGCUCUGUAUUUAUAAACGGAUGUACACAAAUAAAUAUGAUUAUUUAGGAGUGGGGUCUUUAAUGUGAAGCCAUAUUAAUGCUUGUUGAUCCAUUAAACUUGUGUUCUGUAUUAUACUAAAGGAAAGCAGAUUUUUACACCUUUUGGCCUUCUUUUUUCUGUGUGAGAAAAUUAUUUAUUGGUGAAAAUAGUUCUGCUGCCGUGUGUCUUGAAUGCCUAAUAGCUUUUUUUUUUAUCAGUUUUUGCAGCAAAGUGUUUGUCAUGUUGUUGGAAUUGUGUUUGGGUGAGCAAAGUCCUAAAAUAUCAAAGGGAAUAUUCUAAAGAUUUCUGUCGUUUCAUGAUUUGGUAUCAUGCAUUUAGAGAGAACUGUGAAUAGCAAUAUCUGGGGGAAGUUUUCUAUGGAACGCUUAUAUAGAGAGUUGACAAUCUUGAAUCAGUCUGCAGCACUGUAGAUAUAUUCCAAUGGUUAAAAAUGUUUUUCUUUAGCAAUGUAAAACCCUUUGCAUAUUUUGUUAGAAGCUUGGUUAAAUGCAACUGUAGUGAAGUUUUCAAAUAAAUUUUUUUUGAAACAAU